CCUGUGAUCGACCUCAGAUAAGGGCGGUGUAGAAAUUAAAUUAAUCAGAUUAGAAAGAACCCCUUUCAUCUCCCCACCCGCCUUUUCCUCCUAUUGUCAUGUUGAUCCCUUUGUCCAGAGAUCCAUACAGCGCCUAGCAAAUUGAAGCACCCCCCGCAGCACUGCCGGUCACGCCCCCUGUGACGUGUCCCUCCCCUCCCUAAGCUUCCUACCCCUCGCCCUGCACGCUGGAAGGCCCCACGUGGACAGGAUCUCUAUUUAUGGUCGCUGACGCGGCAGUCGCGCAGGGAACCCCCGCCUCUUUCCCCCCGCGCUUUGGUCCCGCCUCUCAUAAGUCAGAGGAUCCAGGAAGAGGCGCGCACAAGCCCAAGGGAGCGAAGCAAGGGAGCCGCGUGGUUGGCCAGAGCGGAGAGGACCAGAGAUCGAGUGAGAGAGCGCACGCUGCCUUGUCGGGACAUACACAGCGAAGGGCCCAAGAUGAAGGAGGAAGUGGAAAAAGCAGUCUGGUUCAUCUCCCGCGUGAUGGAUCGCGACCGGAAGCUGGAGAAGGAGAAGGUGGAGCGUUUCAGGGAGAGCCUGGCCACGAUCCUGUGCGAGCGCUACAAGGACCACUGGUACCCAGAGAAACCCUGCAAAGGGCAGGCUUACAGGUGCAUCCGAAUCAACAGGCAGUAUACCAAGGAUGACGCCAUCCUGAAAGCUUGUAUGGAGAGUGGUCUUGAUUACUCGGAAUUGACGUUGAAAGGCGAAAUUACCAUCUGGAUUGAUCCUGGCGAGGUUUCCUGCAGGCUUGGCGAGAACAGCCGCCCCUUCACAGUGAAGGAUGAUGAGGAGAUGAAGGAGAAGAAGAAGGAAAAGGAAAAGGAGAAGGAGAAGAAAGUGGAGAGAAGCAGCAGCAGUGGCAAAGCAACGCCUGAGUCGGAGACGUCUGACUAUCACUCCGAGUCUCCUUCGGAGUCGCCCUCCGAGUGCGCGUCGUCUUCGGAGGACGAGAGUUCUGGCAGGCGUUCUGCAGCAAAGACAUCGCAGAUUAAAGCCGGGGGAGCAAAUCUGCCCAAACACGAGCCCCAUCGCUACCGAACGCCGUCUCCCCUUUGGAUCCCGCACCCACAAGGCACAGUGUUCAGCUACUUCCCUGUAACUUACUAUUACGUUCAGCCGACGAUGCCCGUUCUCCAGAGACCCAACCCCAACAUGUUGAAACGGCUCACGAAGCGUGCAUCCAAACCCUGAAGACUGGGCAGAGCCUGGGGUGGU